UGAUAAUGAUGAAUAAAAAGAAAUAAGUGACCCUCAUAAUUAGAUAAGGAGAAUAUUUUAUUUAUAACUCCAAAGAAUUAGAUUUCUUUAACAUCAGUUACUAUCCUGAAUUUGAUCCUAAUGAUUUUUUCGCUGCUGCUAGACUAUUGUAUUAAAUGACAUAUUCAAUCUAAAUUUAAAAUCUUGAAUAAUAUGUGGAAAUAUUGUAUAAGAAUCAAUAUAAAGAGUUACUUAGAGUUGUUACUUAAGGUGAAAUAAUCAAAUCAACCAAAGAUGAAAAAAUUAUUUUAAUUGAAUUUACUAUUGAUUAAGGAUUUAAAUCUGAUAUUGUACCUCAUAUAUUAUAAGAAAAAGAAAAAUAAUAGAAGUAGAGAAAAAGGUUUGCUUUAAUAAUUACAGAGCCAUAAUAUUAUCUUAAAUAUGUUAAUAUCAUGGAGGCAUUACAUUUAGGAAUCUACAAAGAAGAUAAUGAAGAUUGGGAAGUUUAUUUAGUAUAUAUUGUUAUAAUUUUAGGCAAUAGAAAAUUAAUAUCCUAAAUUAGAGAACUUAGAUGGCAUUAUCAUCACAGGUUCAACAAGCGCAGCAUAUGACAUGUCAGAGAAUUGGAAGGAGCCAUUGUUUAAUUUUUUAAAAGAAGCUGAUUAACGUUAAAUCAAAAUCUUGGGAAUAUGUUUUGGUCAUUAAAUUAUGGCCCAUUGUUUAGGAGGAGAAGCAAAAAAAAUGACUUUUGUACCUCAUAUGUAAGUUGGGAGGUUAGCGUUACUCACAGGUUUAAAUUUUGGAGAAUAUCAAAUAAAGAAUCUAAAUGUAUAUUAAAUUCAUGGAGAUUAUGUUUUUGAGCUACCAAAAAAUACUGAGUUAUUAAUGAGUGCAAAACAUUGUUAGAAUUAUGCUUUUAAAAAUAAUCAUUUAUUAGGAUUAUAAUUUCAUCCAGAGUUUAAUCCAAUAAUCUUGAUAUUUUUUUUUAAAGACUUUUAAGAUGAAAAUUUAAGAGAAAUAUAUUUAAAAGAAUGUUAUGAAAGUUUUAAAUAAGGAGAGGAUCACUAAUUAGCAAUUUGGGAUUAUAUUUUAAAUUUUUUAAAAAAUAAAUGA